AUGGCCAUUCGUCAGUUGCUGAGACGGUCUCUAUCUAGCGAAAGGAGAUCAGGAGGCGAAGUUCCCAAGGGGCAUUGUGCCGUUUAUGUUGGGGAGAAUGAUGAGAAGAGGCGGUUUGUGAUCCCAGUGUCGUAUUUGAACCACCCUUCGUUCCAACAGCUGCUAGCUCGAGCAGAGGAGGAAUUCGGGUUCCAUCAGCCAAUGGGCGGCCUAACCAUUCCUUGCAGCCAAGACUUGUUCAUUGACAUCGCGUCUUGCCUAAGCACAAAGUGAAAUACAUAUAUAUAUAGUUUCUCUAACAAAGGUUUCUUCAUUGUUUUAGAGUAGCAUACUCUAUUAGGAAAAAGGAAUGUAUAUGAAUCACAAAAGAAAUGAAAAAUUACUUAUCCAUUUUUUUUUCUUCUUUAGAAACCAUGAUCUGCUACAAGAAACUAUAAUCUGUUAACAGAAACUCCAUCUCUCUUCUGCUAACUUCUUCACAUUUGUUUUUUUGUGCAAAAAAAACUCAAUCAUUUUCUAUGUUAAAGCGCGUAGUUUUCAUGGUGGGCCAAGCUGAUAGAUUGUGAAAUAUCAGCAGAUUCAAUAAGGCAUGGCCCCUUACAGUUUUCAUAUGUGAAGUUGAUUUGAAUUGGGAAUAUAAAGUGGAACCAAGUAGGCCCUUUUGAGGGAGGGAGACGGCAUCGGAUCAUGCUAUCGUCUUGAUCAGAGGGGUCUCGUCUGAGCUAGGGCCGUCUUGGUAGGACACAACGAGUCUUGAUCACACAAAUUCUUGUUUACCUUAAAAAUCUCUCUGAUGAUCGAUAGGCAUAUCAUGUGAUUCUUCAACAUUGUUAACCAGCUCCUGAUUCAAAUAAUCUAAAGUUGAAUAUUACUUAUAAUAUUUAUGAAAAUCAUGAUCAAGAUUUGUCAAGAAGCAAAUCCCAUUUCACUCAUUUAUAGAAUUACACAAACAAGACAGAUAAUCAGCCUCAAACAGAUCCUAGAUAUUGAAUAUUAUCCACUUAUGAUCCUCAAAAAAGCAAUCCAUUCAUUGUCUAAACAUGAUGUUUCUAUGUUUUAGUAACAUUAAAUAAUUGAUGGUGAGUUUGUUUAGUAUCAGAAAAGCUAAGAAACAUUAUAAGUCUUCCACCAACCUAAGCCUUUCGCGUCUGUUAAGGAUCACUAUCGCAUUAGCUGUAAGAGAAUCCAUCACAGUCGAGGCUCACAUGGUGGGGCGGCCUCAUAGAUUUUGAAGGAUCUUGAAGGUAGAAUACGGCAUCAAAUGUUGGUACCGGCUUGUCAAAGUAGGGCCGUGCUGCUAGAGUUGGUAGGAAGCAAAGAUUCUUGAUCACACAAGAUGCAAAAUCAUUGCAAAUGAUUCAAAGACAAACCAUGUGAUUCCUCAUGUGCUUCUGUUUCUCAAUUUUCUUUUUCAAGAAUGCAACCUCUUACUUUCACCUAUAUAUAUACAGCACAUUUCUGGUUUGUCACAACCAACACAUUCAGCAAGAAAAAAACUUUAGUUCCUCUCAAUUUUUUACAUAUUUUAGAAACUUUCUUGAUUACUUGAUACAACAACAACAAUGGUGGCCAUUCGCCAAAUGCUGAGACGAACUUUAUCCAGCGAGAGGAGAUCAGCUGAGGUUCCAAAGGGGCACUGUGCUGUCUAUGUCGGAGAAAAUGAGAAGACACGGUUUGUGAUCCCUGUGUCGUACUUGAACCACCCCUCGUUUCAAGAGCUGCUGUUUCAAGCUGAGGAAGAAUUCGGGUUCCAUCAUCCAACUGGUGGCCUCACCAUCCCCUGCAGCGAGGAUUUUUUCGUUGAUCUAACGUCCCGGUUGAGCAGAACGUGAUGUGUUCAUGAGGAUCACAGUUUUGUAACUAUUUUUUAGAAGGGACAAAAAAAAAUAUACUUCAUUAGGAAAAGAAAUGUAAAGAUUACUACUGACUCAUUUUUGGAAAACCAUUGUUUGGUUA